CGUCGCUGGUAACUUUCGAGUCAGCGGGUCGCAGCAGCAGCAGUCAGGCAGAGGCAGCUACUCAGAGUCGGUUUGCUGCCUGAGUCGCCGAUGAGCAACACUAUCAUCUGCGGAGGAUCAUGGAAUAAACAUGGCCAACAAUAGAAGCUUUUUCCUUCAAGCCCUGGGUAGGUCAGAGACCAGGCGGGAUGGAGGGUACAAGCACAGCUGGAGCUUUUCCCUCUCUGGUGACAGUGAAGAGGAAAGGAGACCAGAUGCGAGUGUGGUGAGUGUGGAGGAGAUGGACAGGCAGCAGCCGGCUUCGCCCGAGGAGAAAAAGUCUCCAAGUCUUAGGCACUUCACUUCCUCUGACCCUUUGAGGACGUAUGAAAACCGGCCAAAUAACCACAUGAGGCCUCUGAGCAAGCUGGUGCCCAAAAGGCUCAGUGAGGUCCCUCUCACAGUAGCAACGUCCUCCCCCAUCCCCAACAGAAACAACUACUUCAUCAUCAGUCCUGCACCUUCACAAGGCAUCGUUUUACAAGGACGGCACUUUCAGCAUGCACAAAUACCUUCUGCAAGGAAACAAGUCCAAAGAAAUGACUUCUCGACCACGCAGCAGGCUGUGGAAGUGGACAGCAUCGUCCUCACCUGUCCAGAGAUCCCAGAGCAAGAAACCCUGAACAUAAAGCGUCGUAUCCAGCAGAAGAAGAAGCCGUUGGAGGACUGCUGUAGUUUUCCUUCGCAGGUCAAAGCAGCAGAGCCCCUGCGGCCGACGGUCUACCACACGGUGUGCAUGAAGUGCAACAAGCCGAGCGAGGACAGCGCCAAGUGUCAGAACUGCGGGAGCGGCGCGGCGCUGCUGCCCUGUCAGCAGGCCACGCUGUCAUCGCCGACCCCUCGACCACCCAUCCGGUCCCAGCCCUCCCCCGGACCAAACAGCCUCCAGCAGAACUUCUACAAGCCGGUCACGACCAUGAGGGCGCACCGCGGGGAGACGCUGCCCAUCCGGAUCACGAGCGCAAAGGGCACCCUGCUGCCUCUCAACAACGGCAGGUCCCCUCUGUUAGCCGGGACGUCGAGCUGCUGCGGCGCCGGAAACCCGCCCAAAGCGAAGAGGACGACGACCCAGCAGCACGAGCUCAACGACCCCAUCGUCCUGUCCAGCGAUGAGGAGGAGGACGCCGACAACGCUAGCACAGGGAGCGUCAGCAGACUGGACAGCGUUUCCCCCCGACCCGCAGACUCCGCUCACUCCUCGCCGGCGCCCUCCGGAGGCAGAGUGGAGGCUGCGGUGAAGAGCACUGCAGAGCAGGAGGACCUGAACGCCGACUUCUUCGAAGACGUCAACAUGAAGAUCACAAUACCACGGCGAGCCCGGAUGAAGGAUCAGUUUGGAAAUCAACCCCCUGAGCAGUUUUCACCGAGGACGAAGAAGCCCAAAGUCAUGUCCACCAAGUGUGACAGCAUCAUACUGGAGUGUCGCAGUGUGAGGGUGGGAACUCUUCGCCGGAUGGUGACGAAGCCCGUCGUCUUUUCCAUCGAUCACAUCCAGCUGGAAACCGAAGGCUGGGAGCGUAACAGCAUCGAGAAGGUUUGCCUUCGGGCGUCGGAGCUGAUCAGCUGCGAGUGGUGCAGCGUUCGGAAGCUCCCGGUCUUGUUCUUCCAGACGACUCCGGAGGAGUGCGUCCGCCUGCGCUCGCAGCUCAACAUGUCCACGGAGGCGGGAGGCCAGUGGUACGACUGUGCCGGAGACCAGUCGGAUGAGAAGUACAUCGUGCUGAUCUUCGAGAACGGCCUGGCGAUGAAGGAGCAGAUGAUCCUGGAGGACAUCCUGGGCGAGAUCGGCAGGAACAACAACCUGAGUAACUUCCCCGCAAAGCUGCCCUUCGAGGAGGCCAACAUCCGGCUGGUCAACUACAACAAGGCCUCCAAACAGAAGGAGGAGAAGGCGAAGCCAAUACAGUCCCCUCCCAAAGUCGCCCACGUCUCCCCGGUCAGUAAGGUCACGCAGGUGACCCCGAUGAGCCCGGUCGCCGUGCCCGUACGCACACGCAUGGCCACGCGGCAGCAGACCAGCACCUACUAUGAAGAGGAGGACGAGGACAUGACCGACCUGCAGCCCACCUUCUCUGGACCAAUCAUCAAAUUAAUGGUGUACCCUCCUCCUCCAGCCAAAGGGGGCAUUUCAGUCACUAAUGAAGACCUCCACUGCCUUAACGAUGGAGAAUUCCUCAACGACGUUAUCAUAGACUUUUAUUUAAAAUAUUUAGUUUUAGAGAAAUUGAAAAAAGAAGAUGCACAAAGAAUCCACGUGUUCAGCUCCUUCUUCUACAAGAGGCUCAACCAGAGAGAGCGGAGGGCCGUCUCAGACACGACGAACCUGCCAAUCCAGAAAAGGAAGCACAACAGGGUUAAGACGUGGACUCGGCACGUGGAUCUGUUCCAGAAGGACUUCAUUUUUGUUCCCAUCAACGAGUCAGCUCACUGGUACUUGGCCGUCAUCUGCUUCCCGGGACUCAAGGGUCCGGUGUACGAGCACAACUCGUUUGCAGAUCCCCCGUCGGAGGAGAGCAUCCCGGACCACUGUCGUCCUCUGUCCCCGGACGGAGACGGACUGGACAGCUCCCCGGAGAACCCGUCCCCCGGCGUCCCCGAGGCGUCCGCAGAGGGUCAGGCCGACGGUGACCCCGCCAAGGAGAACGCGGCCUUAAAAGAGGGGCGGCGGGAGCCUUCCAGCGUCCCCGCAGCGUCGGGCAACUGCCAGGCGGACGCGGAGCAACAAUACACAAGUGAGUUGCACAGAAUCAGUGUUUGCUACGGUUCAGGAAAAGGAGACGACGACACCUACACCUUCUCUGAUGACCAAAGCUCCUGUCAGGACGACUGCAGUGAGGAUGGGACCGAAGACGCUGUCAGCUGUGAUGCCUCCGCCUUGGCCUCCAGACAAAACAUCUGCAAACAGCCUUGUAUCCUCAUCAUGGACUCCCUUCGAGGUCCGGCAAGGUCGACUGUGGUGAAAACUCUGAGAGAGUACCUGGAGGUGGAGUGGGAGGUGCGUAAAGGGACCCAGCGGAGCUUUGGGAAGGACGUGAUGAAGGGCUCCAGCCCACGUGUGCCUCAGCAGGAUAACUUCAGCGACUGUGGAGUUUACGUCCUGCAGUAUGUGGAGAGCUUCUUCGAGAAUCCGAUUCCCAGUUUUCACCUGCCCGUCAACCUGUCCGAGUGGUUCCCUCAGCAGCGGAUGAAGACGAAGCGCGAGGAAAUCAAGGAGCUCAUCCUGAAGAUCCAAGAGCAACAAGAACUGGAUAGGAAGGAGUCCGACCAGGUCGAGGCUCCGCCCGGCUCUCCCGAGGAGCCUGAGAUCGAAGAGACUUCUGGCUCGACGGGCCGGCCCCCAAACCUUCCCGUCAGCCCCUGAAAGGAGCCCACCCUCCUCCCCUCGUCACUCCCGGGCCCUGCGGUGGGGGGGUGUUUGGCUGGGGGGCCUGAUUGUACGCUGCUGGUUUCACUUCGACACACCUGAAACGAUCCCGAACUCCCUCCAUUAACCACAGACAUCAAACACACCUUUAAAUUUGUAUUGAAUAAAACAUGAACUGUAAAUAUG